AUGGAAGAAAAAAAAACAGGAGCAGCAGCAGCUUUGGCAUUAUUAAAUCAAAAAUUCCCAGUUGCCGAUGUUAUUGCAGGUACAAAAUGUGAAAGAGCAAUAAAAUGGGAAUUAACAAUUGGUGAUGAUUUAAAACCAAAAUGGACACAUAGUAUUGUAUGUGUUUCAAUUGAGAAGACUCCAUUUGCAAAGGGUAGUUGUAGAACAGCACAUAAAUUAAAGGAUUGGAGUCAACCAGAUCAAGGAUUAGUUGGUAAAUUUUCAACCAAUAAAAAGACGACAAGAGAUUCAUACUUUACAGAUGUAUUGAUGCAAACAUUUUGUGCUAAAUGGGCAGAGAAAUUCAAUGAAGCGAAACCACCAAAACCAAUUACAUUCUUACCAUCAUACGUUUACGAAUUGAUUGAUCAUCCACCACCUUAUCCAGUUUGUGGUGGUGAACCAUUCAUUGAGGGAGAUUACAAGAAACAUAACAACAACAGUGGUUACGUUAGUAGUGAUGCUAGAAAUACACCACAAUCAUUCUCUCAUUUCUCAUACGAACUCUCCAAUCAUGAAUUGUUGAUCGUUGAUAUCCAAGGUGUCAACGAUUUCUACACUGAUCCUCAAAUUCAUACGAAAUCAGGCGAGGGCUUUGGCGAGGGUAAUUUGGGCGAGACGGGUUUCCACAAAUUCCUUCAAACACACAAGUGUAAUCCAGUUUGUGACUUUUUAAAGUUGAAACCAAUCAAUCAAUCAAAGAAAGCCCUCCUAAGAGGUACAUUACCCGUCGUACAAUUAAUGGAUUUCCAUGAUGCAAUCGGGUUGAAUGGUAAUGGUAGUGGUCCAAAGAAUAACUACGAUAUGAAUUACUUUAGAAAUGGUGGUGGUGCUCAACAACCAAUCUCAUUAGAUGAUGAAGAGAAAAUGCUUCAAGAACAAUUGGAAAGAAUUAGAGCUCAACAACAACAAAAAAGUAAACCUUCUCCACCAUUGGUUAAACAACCAUCUGGUAAUAAUUUACAUAAACAGCAAUCACCUUCUUCACCAACUUCAAAACCUGUACCUCAAAUUGUAAAAACACCUUCACAAUCAAAUGUAGUAAAUAAAUCACCUGUAUCACCACCAAAAGAAAAUAGUAAUGUAAAAUUAGAACAAGAUAAUAUAAAUAAUAAUAAUAGUAGCAUCAGCAGUAACAAUGAUAAUAGUAAUAAUAAUAAUAAUAAUAAUGAUAAUAUAAAUAAUAGUAGCAAUAGUAGUAGUGUUAACAGUAAUAGUAGUAGCGUAUCUUCAUCAUCAUCAUCAUCUUCAUCAUCUUCAUCAUCAUCAACUACAAAUGCAGCACCAAUUUCAAUUCAAGUUUCUAGAAAUUCACCACCACCACAACAACCAAUUCAACCAUCAUCAGCAGCAGCAUCAGCAUCGUCAACAUCAUCAUCGAAUGUUCCAACACCAGAAUCGACAUCAACAUCAUCAAUGGAACAAACACCAGAUCGUUCAGAAUUUGAAAAAUGGGAUUUAACAUCAAUAAAGAAUAUCGAUACAGUUAGAGGUUUACAAUCAGAAUGUAUCACUGGUGAUAGUUUAAGAUUAUAUAGUGGUUCAAAUGAUGGCCAAAUCGGUGUUUGGGAUGCUGUUGAAUUGAAACAUGUUACCAACAUUAAAGCACAUGGUAAAUCGAUUAGAGCAGUCAUUAAACGUCCAGGUUUCGAUCAAAAUAUUUUGACAGCAGGUGCAGACUCUUUGGUUAAGGAAUGGGAUAUCAACACUCAACAAACCAUCAAAGAGAUCAAAGAAUCCAACGAAGUCAAUACCAUUUUCAUUCAAGACAAUCUAUUGUACACUGGUUGCAACGAUAAAACCGUUAAAGUUUGGGAUAUGAGAUCAUAUGAAUGCGUUAAAACUUUAUCAGGUCAUACUCGUGCCAUUAAAUCGGUUUGCGCAAUGGGUAAUCUCUUAUUCUCUGGCUCAAAUGAUCAACAAAUUUACGUUUGGAAUUUAGCUACUGGUACUAUUCUCACCAAUUUCCAAGGUCAUGAAGGUUGGGUCAAAACACUUUACGCUCAUAACAAUAUGCUCUACAGUGGUUCUCAUGAUGAAACUAUUAGAAUUUGGGAUCUUAAAACUACACGUUGCGUCAAUACCAUCAAAUGUAAGGAUCGUGUUGAAACUCUUCACGUCACUAAUCAAGGUAUCUUUGCAGGUAGCGGUGAUUGGUUACAAGUUUUCAGUCAUGAUAAAUACGAAAAUUUAGCUUCUCUCAAUACAAGAUCUUCAAUUCUUUGUCUUUGGAGAAAUCAAAAUCAAUUAUUUACUGGUUCAUUAGCUAGUAAUCUUAAAGUUUGGUCUUGGGAUAAAAUGUAA